AUGGCCUUUCAAUUAGGAACUUCUUCCUCUUCUUCAUUAUCAUCAUCUCCUUCCAUCCCUCCACAGAAUCAUGAUGUGUUCUUGAGCUUUAGAGGUAAAGAUGUUCGCCACAAGUUUAUUUCUCAUCUAAAACGAGCUUUACAUCAAAGUGGAAUCAAGACUUACAUGGAUGGUGUCGACCUUGAGAGAGGAGAACUAAUAUCAUACGAACUUUUUAAAGCUAUUGAAGAGUCAAGGAUUUCGAUCAUUGUACUUUCUAAAAACUAUGCAGAAUCCAAAUGGUGCUUGGACGAGUUAUUGAAGAUUCUUGAGUGCAAAAAAACAUUCAAACAAACUGUUCUACCGAUAUUCUAUGAGAUAAAACCAUCAGACGUACGAGAUCAAAAAGGAAGCUUUGGAGAAGCAUUCACUAAACUUGGAAAGAAAAUCAAGGAUGACAUAAAGCUGCUACAGUAUUGGAAGGAAGCUUUAGAAGAAGUAGCCAAAUUGUCCGGGUUGGAAUAUACAACGUUUAGGGAUAAUGAGUCAGAAUUUAUCCAAAAGUACAUCAUUGGGUGGGUCAACUCAAGAAUAGUAAACCAAACACCUCUAAGCGUUGCCAAGUAUCCAGUUGGGAUAGAGUGUCGUAAACGAGACAUUUAUCAGCAUUUAAGUAUUGAAAGGAAUGAUAUUAUACGUAUUAUAGGGAUAUUCGGAACCGGUGGAAUUGGCAAGACGACUAUUUCAAAAGAUAUAUAUAAUCAGAUUUACUCUCAAUUUGAAGGAAGUUGUUUCUUGAGUAAUAUUAGAGAAAUUUCAAAACAAGCAGGAGGUCUAAUUCAGUUGCAAAAUACCCUUCUUUUUGAUAUUUUAGGAACAAGUUUGGAUGUUCGUGAUACUGACAAAGGAAUGAAUGUGAUUAAGCACAGGCUUUGCUCUAAAAGGGUUCUAAUAAUUCUUGAUGAUGUGGAUGAGUUGGUCCAAAUUGAAAAAUUAGUUGGAGAUCGGGGUUGGUUUGGUUUGGGGAGUAGAAUUAUCGUGACAACAAGAGAUCAACAAAUACUAAAAAUCUCUGAAGUUGAUUCAGAAUACGAGUUGAAGCUCUUGGAUGACAAUGAAGCUCUUCAGCUCUUUAGCUUGCAUGCUUUCAAGAAAGAUGAACCAUCUAAUGAGUAUGUGGACCUCGCUAAACAAGUAAUACAAUAUGCUAAGGGUCUUCCAUUAGCUUUAACAGUGCUAGGUUCAGAUCUAAAGGGCAACAGUACACAUCAAUGGAAGAGUGCAUUGGAUAAGUAUAAAAACAUUCCCAAUAGAGAUAUUCAGAAAGUACUUUUAAUGAGUUAUGAAGGAUUAGAUAAUAACGAGAAGGAAAUGUUUCUUGAUAUUGCUUAUUUCUUCAAAGGAGAACUUUUGGCUAAUAUCAUGAAAAUAUUUGAUAGUUGUGGUUUUUUUCCGGAUAAUGGUAUCGACAGGCUUAGAGACAAGUGUCUUAUUACUAUUGAAGGUAGACAUGUUCAGAUGCAUGACUUGCUACAAGAUAUGGGUCGAGAAAUUGUUCGUCUAGAAUCACCCAAUGAACCUGGUCAACGUAGUAGAUUGUUUUUUCAUAAGGAUGUCCAUCAUGUGUUGGAAGAAAACAUGGGCACAAAGAAAGUUGUAGGCAUGAUAAUAGAAAUGCCUAAAGGUGAGGACGUCGUGAUAAGGUUGAAUUCUGAAGCAUUUGUACAGAUGAAAAGACUUAGAGUCCUUAUCAAUCGUAAUGCAAGUUUUUCAAGCGGACCUAAUUAUCUCUCCAACGAGUUAAGAGUACUUGAUUGGUUUAAAUAUCCGCUACAAGCUUUGCCACCCAAUUUCCAUGGAAAUAAACUCAUUAUCUUUAAAAUGCGUGGUAGCUUCGUCAGGGAGUUAAGCUUCAUCAAGUUUAAGAAUAUGACAAUUAUGGAAUUUUGUGAGUGUAAUUUCUUAACAAAAGUUCCAGAUGUUUCAAGCAUCCCAAAUCUGAAGGAAUUGAUUGCCCCAAGGUGUAGAAGUUUAGUUGAGGUGCAUGACUCUGUCGGAUCCCUAGAGAAUCUUUGUCAAUUGGAUUUUUCUGGAUGCUCUAACCUCAUAAUUUUUCCAGCGUGCCUCAAGUUGAGAUCUUUACGCACCCUUUAUCUUAAUCAUUGCUCAAGCCUUCGUAGCUUUCCUGAAAUUGGUUGUGAAAUGAAGUGUUUGACUACAUUAACUCUAUCGGGCACUGUAGUGGAAGAACUACCAUUAUCAAUUGGCAAUCUUACUAGAAUUGAUGAAUUACUUCUAUCUUGGAUAUUUGGCAAUUGUACAAAUCUAGUAAAGAAGAUGGGGUAUGAUGGACAAUCCAUUCUAACUAUUUGGUCUACAACAAUGGAAGACGAGAUUUCAUCAAAUGAAGAACAAGUCCUGGAAUUGGCGCCUCCAACGAAUUCAAGCAAUGGUAGUAGUGCAUUACAAGUGUUGAAUCGUCAUAAUUGUUUCGAAUCAGAAUCAAAUUUCUUUACAAUAUCAAGUUUCUUUACCACUUUGACUUUUUUAAAUCUAUCAAGAAGUGAAUUUGUUAGCCUUCCCACAAGCAUCAAAGGAUUUGUUGCACUUAAGCAACUCUACUUAUGUUAUUGCGAGAAACUUGAAGAAAUCUUAGAACUUCCACCAAAUAUAGGAUUUGUAGAUGUUAUGGGAUGCAAGUCGUUAGAAAGAUUUCCAGAAGUAUUAAGAAUAGUGAAAUUCAAUGCGAGCCACAUUAGAUCGCUACGUUGUAUUCGCUUGCAUGGCUGCCACAAAAUGGAUGAGAAGAUUUGGAAUUAUAAAGUGCCAAGUCCAUCACUGUGGAAGGGACAUUAUGAUGCCAAUGUGGACAGGGGGGAUGAAGAAUGGGUAAUAAAUAUUGAGGGGCCACACCAUUUGGAGGAUAUAAGUGGAAUUGUGUUGUAUAGCCUUAUGGUUUUUAAAGAAUCUUUAGCAAAUGGAGAUGCGAUAGCUGACAUUGUUGCUACUGUCGUGGGAGAUGGGUCCUCAUUUGCAACUGAGUACGUAAAUGAUCUUCUCCCUACAGAUGCUCGGAAAUCCUUGAACAAGAUCAUCUUCAUGGUGUUCACUGCUUCACUCGUAUUUGGGAGUCUGUCCAAGACUGUAAUGCUCCAAGACAUCAUUUCAUGGGUUGAUUUCUUGGUUGAUUUUGUAAAUCCAAUACCACUCGGACAAGUUGGAGUCAAAGUGAAGAUACACAAGGUGGAGUCAGAGUUAGAGGUCAUAUUUGACCUCCCACAAAAUUGGAGUCAAGUUGUAGAUGGCUGCAAAAACCUUAUGCAUCUCCCAAUUACCAUUAUUCUUCUGUUGCAACAUUUAAGCCAUCUUGUGAUAUUUGGUGGUUGUACAAAUCUAGUAAAGAAUAUGGAAGACGAGAUUUCAUCGAAUGUAGAACAAGUCCAGGAAUUGGCGCCUCCAACAAAUUCAAGCAAUGGAAGCAAUGAAUUGGAAAUGUUGAAUCACACAUUGACUGAAUUACAUCUAUCGGGAAGUGAAAUUGUUAGCCUUCCCACGAGCAUAAAAGGAUUUGUUGCACUUAUUGAGCUCAUCUUGAGAGAUUGCGAGAAACUUGAAGAAAUCUUAGAACUUCCACCAAAUAUACAAUUGGUAGAUGCUGAGGGAUGCAAGUCGUUAGAAAGAUUUUCAGAGAUUUGGAAUUAUGGAGUGCCAGAUGAAUCACUGUGCAAGAGUUGUUAUUAUGAUGAUGAUGAUGAUGAAUGGGUAAUAAAUAUUGAGGGGCCACACCAUUUGGAGGAUAUAAGCGGAAUUGUAAUAUAUCUCAUUAUGUUUUUUAACAACAAUCUUCCUAAUGAUGAUUUACCUAAUGUUGAGAUAACCAGUAUCAGCUCAAAUUGUGUAUGCCGUACCGGUGAAAGUGUAUAUUUGUCUAAGGAAUAUCCAAUUCGGUAUGAUGAUCAUGAACCGUAUUAUAUUGUACCCGUAGAUGAUGAUGGAAGUGUACCCAUACACCAAUAUCGAGGAGUUUGUGUCAGCCCAGAUUGGUGGGUUAUACAGAGGCUCGGGAAGAUUAUCGAGAUAAUGCCAGACAGAGUUGCAGUACCUUACCUUAGAAGGCCAUGGGUCACGGGUCGAGUCAGUCGGGACAAAAAGGGCUUGGCCAGGCCAAUGUGUAGGCCUACCAGCAACAAGGUAACAAGAUUCUUGAGGAACAAAGGAUAUUUGGCAGACAAGAAUAAACCAAUCAUCUUCUUGAUGGCACGACUUGAUACAGUGAAAAACAUUAUUGGACUGACUGAAUGGUAUGGAAAGAACGAGAAGCUAAGAAUUUUGGUAAAUCAUUGA